AUGCACACAUACAUACCCGUCAGUAAAGGCGCAGCUUCCCAGGCCACAGGGGAGGUAGCCGCGAAGGGAUGCAGCCUAAUAACUGCCAACAACAAUCAGAGACCAAAGUCACAUUUUGUGUGCAGCUCGACAAAAGCGCAAAAACGGCAGGCAGAAAUAAGCCAGCCUACCUCAGGGAUCCAACACAGAGCGUGGAUUAUUACGUGCCGCUCCGAGGCCACACACGCCCAACUCCCAAACCUCCGGCCGGAAUACAAGCCAACUCUGCUAGAAAGCAGAGAGCGCAUCAGACGCACCACUAAUAUAACAAAGAAAUGCAGCGAUAGCGGCGGAACAUACCUGAAAAGUGAACGGAGGAAGCUCAGUAACCAGCGUCUCAAGACAGCCACGUGGGGCCGACACAGCCACGCCAAACCACGCUACGGACGCGCAGCCCAGGAUUCAGGAAGAGAAUUAACAAUGGCAGAGCUGCAAGAUAUGCCCUCUACAGAGAGUAGAGAAUUAACAACAGCCUUGAGGUCUUACGUGAGAAGUGAAUUUAAAAAGAGCCCUCUUAUGUCAAACGCUUGUAUUUGCCUCAUCCUUGUUUGUGCCAAGAUGUUCAUUGGAAAAGAGUUUGCGUGCCCUUGCAACGAUUAUCGGAAUGUUCCAUUUGUAGCUGUGUAUUGUAUUGUUCCUGCAGUUGUGGUCUUUUUGCUGAUGAUGAACAUUACAGGCUGUCAGUGUAGGAUGUCAAUGGAGAUUGCUAAAACUGUGGCUUCCAACUUUGUCCCUGCCAUGUUUUGGAUCAUCAUUGUGUUGUGGGAUGGCUACAGUUUUGCCUGUACAAUGACAACCUGGUCAGGCAGUUACAUAGAAAUUGACGAAGCAGCUCCUCAGAAAUGGUGCAAACCAGCCAACCUCACCCCAUCACAAGAGUUGGACUACAAGACCAAGACUCAGUUUUGGUUUUUCAUGUCUCAGGGCAUAGCAAUGGUGAUGAUCGCAUUGAUUUUCAUAGUGUAUUUGAGCUUCAACUGCUGCUGCCAACAGAAAGUCAGAGAUGGGGAAGUUCAUCGGUCACCAAUUUAACAAUAACAGGGAUGCUGCCGAUUACAUUCCACUUUAAGAAAUUAAAGAGUAAAAAGAUAAAAUGGACAUAACUUCAAAAAUAAAGAGACUGAAGGCUUUGGUAAUGAUUGAAUAAGUCCCUACUGUAGAAAUCAUUUAUUAAAAGAAAUCAUGGAUAAAGCUGAGAAACAACGUCAUUAAUCACAUUGUUGUAUUGAAAGGAACAAGUCUGGCAAUUAAGUGGGCCAAUUUGGUGAAAUAAAAUAAAGGUCAAUCUGCAUCAAAAGAAAUUUAUCUAAAAUCAGUUUGCAUGUCUAAUUCCAGCUUCUUCAUCUGGAGGCAACGUCAUGUCAGUAACUUAGACAGUUGAGACAGGUGUGUACUUCUGUGUAUGUUGUGUAAAUAAACAAGUUCUGCAGAAACAGAUUACAUCA